AGGGGGGUCAGGUGCUCAUUUAGCCAACCAUAUUAAACUUGUAAACCAGCACGCAUGCACGUAAUGUAAAUAAAUAACUUUAGUACAAACUAGUGUAUGAUUAUGUUAUUUUAACAUAAAGAAAAUAGCAAAUAAUUAUGUAAAUUAGUACGUAUGUAGUUUGGAUUUUUAUUUUUAUUAUACUGUCACUAAACAGAGGGUCACUUAAUGAAGUAACACUCACAAUUUGUUUGUACCUUAACAGCACAUUUACUUAUUGUCUAUUAACAUUAAGACAGAUUGUAAAUUUAGAUAAGCAACUGGAACAAGUUCACGCAAGUGAGGAAAGUUCUCUGAUUGCAAUUCACUUGGGAGUGGCCAGAAACGAUUCUUUUACAUGUGACUCAAGCAGCUCACGACUUCCGGUCUUUGACCAAGUAUACUCUGGGUAGCCUAAGAACAUCCGUUUGAAGGCGAGCUAACGUGAGAAGGCGAAACAUCCCCUGCAUAGGGUUGUGCGCUGGGUUUGGGACCCGCCACGUAAAAAAACACCCCCAAUGAAAAUCAACUAUAAGCCUCGGAUGAGAAACCCCCCUUUCGAUGACGACCAUGGCAAACGAAAUAAGGACUACGAUUUGAGGGCAUGCACCUGGAAUGUCCGGUCCCUUAAUUGGGAAGGUGCCGCUGCCCAGCUGGUUGAUGUCCUCGUGAAAAUAAAGGCUGACAUCACCGCCGUCCAAGAAAUGCGAUGGACGGGACAAGGACAGAGACGAGUAGGUCCUUGUGACAUCUACUACAGUGGCCAUGUAAAGGAGCGCAAGUUUGGUGUUGGAUUCGUGGUUGGAGAGAGACUCCGUCGCCGAGUACUAUCAUUCACUCCGGAGAAUGAACGUCUAGCCGGAAGAGAAGGACGAUGUGACCAAAGAUGCCUUUUAUGAGUGCUUGGAGCGCACUUAUGAGAGAUGCCCCCGCCACGAUGUCAAAAUCGUGCUUGGCGACUUCAACGCCAGGGUGGGCAAAGAAGGUAUCUUUGGCACUACGGUCGGUAAAUUCAGCCUCCACGAGGAAACAUCCCCAAAUGGGUUGAGGCUGAUCGACUUCGCCGGGGCCCGACAUAUGGUUAUCUGUAGUACUAGAUUCCAGCAUAAGAAGAUACAUCAAGCUACCUGGGUGUCUCCGGAUCGAAAAACUACCAACCAGAACGAUCAUGUUGUGAUAGACGGAAGACACGUUUCCAGUGUUUUAGAUGUGCGUGCGCUCCGAGGUCCUAACAUCGACUCGGACCACUAUAUUGUUGCAGCCAAAAUUCGCACCCGCCUCUGUGCAGCAAAAAACGCACGCCAACAAACACAAGGAAGGUUCGACGUCGAGAAGCUGCAAUCACAACAGACAGCCGAACGAUUUUCUACUCGGCUUGCACUCCUGCUCUCUGAGAGCACUCGUCAACAACUCGGUAUAAGGGAACUGUGGGACGGCAUUUCAAACUCCUUACGUACAGCUGCAACCGAAACCAUUGGUUUUCGGAAAGUGCAAAAGAACAGCUGGUACGACGAGGAGUGCCGUGUCGCAGCGGAGAGAAAACAGGCUGCCUACCUCGCAACGUUACGAUCGACCACAACACGUGCGGGAUGGGAUAGAUACCGAGAGUUGAAGAGGGAAGCGAGACGCAUUUGCAGACAGAAGAAGAAAGAGGCCGAAAUGCGUGAGUACGAACAGCUCGAUAAGCUGGCCGACAGGGGUAAUGCUCGAAAAUUCUACGAAAAGGUGCGGCGGCUUACAGAAGGUUUCAAGACCGGAGCAUACUCCUGUAGAACCCCCCAAGGUGAUCUAGCCACCGAUGCCCAGAGCAUACUUAAAUUAUGGAGGGAACACUUCUCCAGCCUGCUGAAUGGCAGUGAACGCACAACACCAGGAGAAGGCGAACCCGAUACCCCAAUCGAUGACGAUGGAGCAGACGUUCCAUUGCCCGACCAUGAAAAAGUUCGAAUAGCAAUUACCCACCUGAAGAACAAUAAAGCGGCAGGGGCGGAUGGAUUGCCGGCCGAGCUAUUCAAACCCGGCAGCGAACAACUGAUAAGAAGCAUGCAUCAGCUUCUUUGUAAAAUAUAGUCGGAUGAAAGCAUGCCCAACGAUUGGAAUUUAAGUGUGCUAUGCCCAAUCCAUAAAAAAGAAGACUCUGCAAUCUGCGCCAACUACCGUGGGAUAAGCCUCCUCAACAUCGCAUAUAAGGUUCUAUCGAGCGUAUUUUGUGAAAGAUUAAAGCCCACCGUCAACAAACUGAUUGGACCUUAUCAGUGUGGCUUUAGACCUGGCAAAUCAACAACCGACCAGAUAUUCACCAUGCGCCAAAUCUUGGAAAAGACCCAUAAAAAGAGAAUUUACACGCACCAUCUAUUCGUCGAUUUCAAAGCUGCUUUCGACAGCACGAAAAGGAGCUGCCUCUAUGCCGCGAUAUUUGAAUUUGGUAUCCCCGCAAUACUAAUACGGCUGUGUAAACUGACGUUGACCAACACCAAAAGUUCCAUCAGGAUCGGGAAGGACCUCUCCGAGCCGUUCGAUACCAAACGAGGUUUCAGAGGUUUCCUUAUUAGGGAUGGAAAGCGCGCGAGCGGAAUCGAUUUUUGACUUUGGAAUCGACUUCUAAUUUUUCGAUUCUGGAAGUCAAUUAAUCAAUUACCGGCGUUUAUUGAGGCAAUUGAUAGGGUACUAGCUGAUUAUGCAGGACAACAACAGGUAGCAUUCAGAGUAGUUUAUAUUUUAAAAAUUUUAGGAUCGGCAAAAAAUUUUUUAACAUUGAAUCCUCGAGAAAAUUGGGAUACAUGCAAAAUAAAAUUAAAACAGCAACAAAGAACCAAAUGACUUUGACCAACGACAUCGCUAACCUUAGGGUGGGUAGUAUCGGUGAACUUGGAAGGAAAACAAAAGAAAUAAUGGAUAAUAUUACCGAAUAUUGUGCUUUGAGUGAAACACGCGGCAUGAUGAAAGAAAUGUUUUCAGGAAUGGUUAUACAAAGGGUAAAGCAACUUGCAGCAGGUAUUUUCGCCUAUAUGAUAUGGAAUAUAACGACAUGGGCAGACAGGACAAAUACGAUCCACAAUUUUAUAGGGCUAGACGAUAGAAAUUUAAAUCCUAUAAUAUUAGCAAGAAACAGAAAUUCAAACCAAUUUGUUCAGAAGGCAAGAAAUUUUAAUAGUAACCAAAAUCAAAAUAAUCAAAGAAUAAACAACUUUAGGGGACAAAAUAUUGGCGAUCAAAACCAUGAUCGUUAUUAUACACAAAUUAAUUCGAGACGAUACUCUCAAAGCAAUACCAACUUUUCAGGGCAAAAUAAUUAUCACCCGAAUAAUCCGCAGAGACAAACUAAUUAUCGGACAGGAAAUUCAGGCCCAUAUCAAUAUCGUAAUAAUAAUACUAAUAACUAAUCAAAAUAAAAUAUUUAUUUCACUUACUUUGUUCAACAAAAAUGGUCUGCAUUGGUAGAUCCAGGCUCUACUAUUAGUAUUAUGAAAAAAAUCAAGCUUUGAACAUUAUAAGUUACCGGUUCUAGAAAAAAAUAGGGGUAUUCAGACCGAAGCCUGUUAAUUUGGUAAUUCGUUAGUUGAUACUUCGUACUUUUUGCCCUACCUUGGUAGUAUGGUAAAUUUUAUUCCGAAACAGCUGAUUCAAUUUUAUUAAAUAGUAAAAAUGCCUCAACAAAGUGCAAAAUCAAAAAUUGUCAGUCAUUUAAUUGAAAAUUAUGUGGAGCAGAUCAAAUUUAUUACUGGUAAGUAAUUAAAAUUUAUGUACAGAGGAGCAGGAGAACAGCUGAUGUGAUAUUACCGAGUAACGAAACAAUUAUCAAGCUUGCCAGAUGGAUAGUUCGUUACUCGGUAGAACGAUAGUCUGUUAAUUUUAUAAAAAAAAUACAUGUAAUAAACUACCGAAUAACGACUAACGAAUUAACAAGGCUGGUCUGAAUACCCUAAUAAAACAAUAAUUAGUACACUGAAUGGUGAUAUAAGAGCGUCUAACGAAAGAGUUAAGACACCAUGUCCGCUAGAAUUUAAAUACCCUCACAAUGCUAGGAUGAGAUGGUUGAAAAUAGACUUUGAAAAACCGUACGAUCUUCUACUAGGGAACGAUUUUAUAUUUAAUAAUUUCAAUAUAAUCGAUAUUGAAAACGAAGAAAUUGAGCUUAAAAAUGGUGUUAAAAUUCCGUUUUAUUCAAAAACUAUCCAAGAGUAAGUAUAUGCAUUGGAAGAAAGUAAAAUACAAAACAUUCAAUUGGAUCAUUUAAAAUGAAAUGAACGAAAGGAGGUUGAAAAAUUGCUAAAGAAGUAUAAAAAAUUGAUGUAUGUAUAAAGAAGGAGAUGCCUCGACAAACAUAAAAACGGUGGUCCACGAAAUAAGAACCACCACAAACCAGCAAAUCAAUUCAAAAAUAUAUAGGUUACCCCAAAACAUGAGAAAAAAGCCAUAAGGCAAAUUAGGGAGCUAGAAAAACAAGGUAUAAUUCGGAAAAGUAGGAGUAAAUAUAGUUCACCUAUUUUCAUAGUACCAAAAAAAUGUGAUAGCAUGGGCAAUAAAAAAUUUCGGUUAGUAAUCGACUACCGUAGACUAAAUCAAAUAACUGUCGAUGAUAAAUAUCCUUUGCCAAACAUUGAUGGAAUCUUAGACAAGUUGGACAAGGCGCAGUACUUUAGCACUCUUGAUCUAGCCAAAGGUUACCAUCAAAUUUUAGUGGAUAAAAAGGAUAUUGAAAAGACAGCUCUUGUAUCUCCGGUGGGAUUAUACGAAUAUACAAUAUAAGAAUGCCUUUCGGACUAAAAAAUGCUCCGGCAACCUUUCAACGACUAAUGAAUAACAUAUUAAGAGAAUACAUACAUAAAUAAGAUAUGUGUCGUUUAUUUAGAUGACGUAUUAAUCUUUUCAACGUCAUUAGAGGAACAUUUAAACUUCUUAGAGAAAUUUUUUUCAAAGUUGAAGGAACAUAAUUUAUAAAUUCUAGUCGGUAAAUGUAGUUUUCUAAAAAGGGAAACAAAAUUUUUCGGGCAUACCUUAACAAAAGAAGGGAUUAAACCAAAUCAGGACAAGAUAGCAGCAAUACAAAAUUUUAAAAUACCUAGAACUGAAAAACAAUUAAAAAGUUUUUUGGGAGCCACUGGUUAUUAUAGAAAGUUCAUUAGGGACUACUCAAAAAUUGCAUAUCCAAUGAUUAAAUAUUUAAAAAAAGGUAAUAAAAUAAAUUCAAGAGAUCCGCAGUACAUAGCUAGUUUUGAAAAUUUGAAAGCACUAAUAUCAUCACAUCCAAUUUUAAAAUUUCCUGAAUAUGAUAAGGAAUUUACCAUUAUAACGGAUGCAAGUGAUUACGCAAUAGGCGCAGUGCUUUCUCAACAAGGUCAGCCAGUGUGCUACAUUAGCAGAACUUUACAUAACCAUGAGCAGAAAUAUGCUACAACAGAUAAAGAAUUUCUAGCCAUUAUAUAUUCAAUAACCUAUUUCGGGCCAUACAUAUAUGGCACAAAAUUUAAAAUUAUAAAUGAUCAUUGCCCGAUAGUAUUUUUAAAUAAUAAAUAUAAAGGAAGGGAGUUUUCACAACGUCACCAAAGGUGGUUAACUCUCCAAAAAUCGACGAAAUUAAUAAUAAAGAAUCCAAUUUAUAAAUGUCAGAUACAAUACAUUCCGCAGAAGAGGGACUAUUAGAAUACUUCGUCAUAAAAGAAGAAAUUGUCAACAAGUAUAACACAAAUUAUAAUAACAUAUAGUCUUCAAACUGAAGUUCAAAUAAUACAUGGAAGGAAAGUAAUCGAGAUCAACCCUAUUAAUACGGAGAACAUAUUGAAAAAUAUUUUCCCAAGGCAUAUUGGCAAGGGCAAAGUGGGUAUUUUUUCCGAAGUAGAGUAGACCGAUUAUCACAAAAUUCAACUAUUACUUAUAAGCAUGUUUUCUUGCAAUAGCAAGUUGCAAUUCAUUAAAUGUACAAAAAGAGCAACAGAAAUUAUACAAGAAGAAGAUCUGCAUAAACAAAUUUCACUUUACCAUAGUAAUGAGUCAAUGCACAUCGGAAUAAACGAGACUUACAGUACACUUAAAGAUAAAAUAUACUAUCCAUAAUUAAGGCAACAUGUACAGUAGGCAUAUAACUUUUUACAAUUUUUGCAAAUACGAAAAACGGCAUACCAUAGUCGAAUAGAGAAUAAAAAAGUAUGAACUCCAUUAUUUUUUUUUUUUUGCGAAAUUGCAAAAAAGUUUCCGCGCAAAACGAAAUUACUUUUUUAUCAGAACUGCUGAAAAAACAAAAAAAGUUUUGCACACUGUACACGUUUUUCUUCAUAAUAAUAGAUUUUUUUUUAACUAAUAAUCUUCCUAUUAUUCCAAACGCCUUUUAAUGGACCUAAGGGAAGUGCCCCACCCACCCCAAACUAAUUUUUCUUCAGAAAAUUCUGAUUCAAUGUAAUAAUAACACAAAAAAAAAAUGUUGACUUUUUUUAGAAAUCCAUUUUUGCGCGGAACGUUUUUGAACCGAAAUCACCUAAAAAAGUGAUAUUCAUUACUUGUACAAUAUUUGCUACCACGUGGUGGUAUGCCAAAUUUUUCGUCAAAAUUUGUUAUAUGCCUAAUGUACA